GGAUUGUGCUCAGCUUUCUUGCUUGCUUGACUGCAGACGGCCUGUGCUUUUGAGUUUUCUGGUGUAAGGGCAGUUUCAGGGCAUUACUCACAACAGGCGUCUCCCUUUAGUUCUGCCAAUCCAGGCUAGUGGAAGUCUACUGAUGCAAAAGCAGCUGCGCCCGCACUGCAGUGUGAUGCUCAAGAGGCAAACUGAUCAGUUUCAGCUUGUUGGCGGGUUCCUACAGUGACACUAGGCGUCCCAUUGCGGGGUUAUCGAUUCUUUUCUGUCUUUCCUGACAGGACAGUUGUCGCAGCACGAGGAAGGAAGACGUGGGUGACCAAGAGACGGGCAGAGAGCGUAACAAGUUGAGCGAAAUAGCAGAAUUUGGCCUGCAACAAGCAUAAGAAACACGUGAGACGCUAUUCAAGUCUGAUCGACCCCCAGAAUUCCAUCAAGGCUCAGCCCACAGCUUAAGGUCCCUUGAAUCUUUCAACGUGCUUGAAAGGUGGGAGCGACUCGUAAACCAGAACUAAAAAGCUUUCAAAGCCCUUCCAAGGUGUCUUUGAAGGCUUCAAAGCCUUGAAGGCCUUCCAAAUUCGUCAGUUUAUCUCCCUUGCUAGCAACGAUGCCGCGAGACCCUGAAGCUGGGGAAGCCAUGGUGGUUGGCGCACACAAGAUGGUUCCCAUGGACGGGGACGUCGGUCUAGACGGAGAGAAGUUUGAGAAGGAGGACACGAUGCCGGAGAUGCGCUACGGAAUCAACGACACCCCCCCCUGGUAUGAAUCCAUUGCGCUGGGUAUACAACAUUACCUGACUAUGCUCGGCGCAACGGUUUUGAUACCCAAUCUACUAGUUCCAGCCAUGGGAGGCGAUAAGGAUGACCUGGCCAAGUCGAUCCAAACCAUCUUCUUUGUGUCCGGGAUCAAUACCCUUCUCCAAACCACUUUCGGGACCCGCCUCCCCACGGUGAUUGGUGGGAGCUUCUCCUUCCUGACGCCAGUCAUCGUCAUCGCUGGCAACUUUCAGGACGUGGAAGUAGACCGCUUCAAGGUGACGAUGCGCGCGGUGCAAGGGGCCAUCAUAACGGCGUCGGGCUUACAUAUCAUACUCGGGUUCUCCGGGCUCAUGGGGCCUUUCUGCAGAUUCAUCAGCCCCAUCACGAUCGCUCCGACCAUCGCAAUGAUUGGGCUCGCCCUGUACACCGCCGGGUUUCCCGCCGUCGGCAGCUGCGUCGAGGUUGGGCUCGUGCAGAUCGUGACAGUUAUCCUGUUCUCCCAAUACCUCAAAAACGUGCAGAUAUUCGGAUACCGCUUCUUCCAGCUCUUUCCGGUGCUUCUGGGCCUAACGAUCACGUGGGUGUACGCUGUCGUGCUGACCGAAGCCGGAGUCUAUGACAACGUUCCGGACGCCACGAAACUGAACUGCCGGACGGACCAGUCGGACAUCCUCUCGACGGCUCCCUGGUUCCGCUUUCCGUACCCCUUCCAGUGGGGCUGGCCCACGUUUGACACUGGCUACACGUUUGCUGUGGUGGCGGGGGCGCUGGCAGCGCUCAUCGAGUCCACCGGAGACUUUUACGCCUGCGCCAGGAUUUCUGGUGCGACGCCCCCGCCCCCAGGAGUCAUCUCGCGAGGCAUCGGCUGGGAGGGCAUCGGCAUUCUAUUCGACGGCAUAUGGGGCACCGGCAACGGAUCCACGACUUACGCCGAGAACAUUGGUGCCAUUGGGAUCACACGUGUCGGCAGCCGGAGGGUGGUCCAAGUGGGCGCGUGCUUCAUGAUCGUCUUUGGAAUCAUCGGCAAGUUCGGCGCCCUCUUCGCGUCCAUUCCGGGGCCGAUCGUGGGCGGACUCUUUUGCGUCAUGUUCGGAAUCAUCACAGCCGUGGGGCUCUCGAACUUGCAGUUUGCCAACAUGAACAACCCGCGCAACCUGUUCAUCGUUGGCUUCGCUCUCUACAUGGGCCUUUCGGUUCCCGCAUUCUUCACCCAGUUUGCAGCCGGGAACGACGAGGGCAGGUACCCGGUUAACACCGGUAGCACGACGUUCAACCGCAUUAUGAACACCAUCUUCACGACCAACAUGGCGGUCUCCAUGAUUUCGGCCUUCGUUCUGGACAACACGAUUCCGGCUUCGCGACGGGACCGCGGCAUGCACGUGUGGGACAAGUUCCGUGACUCCAAAUCGGACCCGCGGACGGAAGAAUUCUAUGCGCUCCCGUGGGGCUUGGGCCGCUUUUUCAAAUGGGCUUGGUGGGUCGGUGUGUAAAGGCAUAAGCUAUGAAAUGGGCUUGGUGGGUCGAUGGGUAAAAGCAUCAGCUAUCAAAUGGGCUUGGUGGGUUGGUGUGUAAGAGUAUAAGUUAUUAGAUGGGUUUGGUGGGUUGGUUGGUGAAAGCAUGACGCAGUUCUGUCGCAUCCGGUCGCCGGCUUCAGCAGAAGUUCGGCACCUGGAGCAACGACUAUGGGAUCAUGCCAGGCCGCUUACUGUGCUCUACUAGUGCUGGUAUGCAGGAAUAAGGUCUUUAUCGUUUGUACGAAGUAGACGCUGCGAUAUGUGGUCGGAAGUUAUAAAGUCGCUCUUAUGUAUGUUCAUGUCGUGUAGACCUCUUGGAAUAACGUAUCUUUAUUAGGUGAAAGGAGAACACUGUAUAUAUUAUUCUGUUGUUGGUGACCUUGAUCAGGUCACACAGGACGAUGACAAAAAAUAGCAGCUCUGGUAUCAUGUUGCCGCGUACGCUAAGGAGAAUCCAGGAGCAGAAACCAGCCAGUAUGAGUCACGUAUGUAGGUACUUGGGAUGGUAAGCUCUAGAGCCUGGCUGUCGGACACCAAUACGCACAGAGUAUCAGUGACGGUGCAUUGAGGACAACAAUCAUAUUAUAUACUUCGAGCCGAAAGGAUCCGAUUAGACUCGAGCUUCCGAGAUCACAGAGAACGAUCGCGAACAUUUUGGGAUCCAUAAGCUCCAUCUUGCUCUAGGGCGGCGCCCCGGGCGGC